CCAUCUUCCACGCUUCAGAUUGUUUGACUAUUCAAAUCUCAGAACCUUAGCUUUAAACCUUGGCUUGGCUUCACCACUGCGAUUAUAGCAGCCACCAUAUGGCGAUUCCAGUAGCCUCAUCAUCAUCAUCCUUCAGCUUCAACAGUGGAACCAGGUAUAGAUAUGAUGCUUUUCUGAGUUUCAGAGGCGAAGAUACUCGCCACUCCUUCACUGAGAUUCUCUACGACGCUUUGCGCCGUAAGGGAAUCAACGCCUUCAUUGACGACAAGAGACUUGGCAAAGGGGAAGAGAUCUCUCCUACGCUUCUCAAAGCCAUAGAGAGAUCCAGGAUUUCCAUUAUUGUCUUCUCUACCAACUACGCUACUUCCACAUGGUGCCUCGAAGAACUCGCCCACAUCGUUUGGUGUAGGAAGCAGAAGAAGCAGGUGGUGAUGCCCAUCUUUUACAAGGUAGAUCCGUUGGAUGUUCAGUAUCAGAGAAAUAGCUUUGAGGAAGCCAUGGCUGCUCUUGAAGAUAGGUUCAGCGAUGACUUAGAGAAAGUGCGAAAAUGGAGGUCUGCUUUGUCUGAAGCUGCUAGCUUGUCACCAGCAUGGCUUUUUCAAGAUGGAUAUGAUCAGUUUGGGUUUAUUGAAAACAUUGUCCAAGGUGCAUUUGUUACGCUGCCCCCUAAACGCUUUCAAAACACUGAUUACACGGUUGGACUUGAGCCUCACAUAGAAGAAGUGGUGUCACUUUUAGAUAAAUCUGAUCAUCGCGUUUGCAUGUUGGGGAUUCAUGGAACUGGUGGAAUUGGCAAAACAACUCUUGCAAAAGCUAUCUACAAUUCAAUCUUCUACAAAUUUGAAGGUUCGUGCUUUUUAUUUGAUAUCAGAGAAGAAUCAAACAAAUUCCAAGGCAUUGUUCGUCUUCAACAGACACUUCUAUCAGAAAUUCUUGAGGAAAAGAUGACAUUUAGUAGUGUUUAUGAAGGAAUAUCCAGAAUAAAACACAGACUUUCUCAUAAACAAGUUUUGUUGGUUCUUGAUGAUGUUGAUCACGAUGAACAAUUAGAACAACUUGCAGGAGGGUGUGAUUGGUUUGGCAAUGGAAGCAAGGUCAUUAUUACAACAAGAAAUAAGCAAUUGCUAAUUUCUCAUAAUAUUGAACAGACAUAUGAAAUGAAGGAGCUAAACAAGCAUGCCUCUCUUGAACUCUUUUGUUGGCAUGCCUUUCAUGAGAGCCAACCUCCAAAAGGCUAUCAAGAUAUGUCCAAUUGUGUUGUGACCUAUGUACAAGGUCUUCCUCUGGCUUUAAGAUUAAUAGGCUCCAAUUUGGCACAUAAAAGCUUAGAGGAAUGGAGAACUACAUUAAAACGAUAUGAUCUGAUCCCGAAAAAAAAAAUUCACGAGGUACUAAAGAUAAGCUAUGAUUGCUUACAAGAUGAUGCUAAACGUAUCUUUUUAGAUAUUGCUUGCUUUUUUAAAAAGGAGAAAUUGGAAUUCAUCGAAGAAAUACUACAAGCUUGUGAUUAUGGAGCAAGGUUUUAUAUCGAAGUUCUUGUUGAAAAGUCUCUAAUAACUAUCAAUGAUGAGAAUGGUCGCUUGUAUAUGCAUGAUCUCAUACAACAAAUGGGAAGAGAGAUUGUUCGGCGAGAGGCACCAUCAGAUAUUGGUAAACGUAGUAGAUUAUGGUAUUAUAAAGAUGUACUGAAAGCAUUGUGUGAAAAUUUAGGAAGCAACAAGAUUGAAGGAAUGAUGCUUGAUCCACCUCAACAACAAGGAGUGGAGUGGAGUGGCUUAGCCUUUGAGAAGAUGAAUAAUCUUAAAAUUCUUAUUGUUCGAAAUGCCCAAUUCUCAACCAGUCCUAGAUAUUUCCCCAAUAGCCUAAGAUUACUUGAUUGGGAGGGAUAUCCUUCGAUGACCUUGCCACCAGAUUUUUCUCCAGCAAAACUAGUUUGUUUCAAGUUGUAUAGAAGUCUUUUCAGCUUGGAAGAACCAUUCAAGAAGUUUGAACAUGUGACACAUAUGGAUUUCUCACAUUGUGAAUUCAUAGCUGAAGUACCUGAUAUGUCU